GGCUCCCAAAUCCAAAAUAAAGAUACAAAGCCCAUGGAAAAGUUUGAAGGCUGUUUGAUUGGCAACCGGCCCAUUGAAGAACGUCAGUGUAUUUGCUAGCUUCAUAUAUCACGUGAAGAUAACCACUUAUCAUUUCUGUUAUCACUUAUUUGUUUACUUCCCUGUUACACCGAAAUUUGAUCCAACAAUCAUUUGCCAUUACAUUCAUCCACCUAAAAUGGAAGACCACGAAUACGAAGGAGCGCGGCCGAAGCGACGCAAGCUGGAUCCCAAGCCGAAGCCAAAGCCAUUUGCUGACAUCAAACCGGAGCCAUUUGUUGAUGAAGAGGACUCGAAAGCUCUAGAUAGAGAUUGGUACGCAGAUGAUGGAGAUGAAUCGCACAACCCAUUCGGCUCUUACGACAACCCUUGGGCGGAUUCCCAACGAGAAGCACCUUUGAUCGAGAAGAAGAUUGUGAAGCGCCAAAGCGCGCGCGCAGCUCAAAAAGAGAGAGAUGUCGAUGCAUGGGAGACGGGUCGAUUGCUCGCCUCUGGUGUUGCACAACGUAGACGCUUUGAGGAUGACUUUGAGGAUGACGAGGAAGCCACCAGAGUGCAUUUACUUGUACAUGAUCUCAAACCUCCAUUCUUAGAUGGAAGAACUGUUUUCUCGAAGCAAUUGGAGCCUGUGCCGGCUGUACGUGAUUUCCAGAGCGACAUGGCAGUUUUUAGUCGCAAGGGAAGUAAAGUGGUGAAGGAGAGACGACAGCAGAAAGAGAGGCAAAAGCAGGCCCAAGAAGCAACGAAUAUGGCUGGUACGGCGCUUGGAAAUCUCAUGGGUAUCAAAGAAGAGGAAGGCGACAGUGCAGCUCCAAUGAUGGGCGAGGAAACACAGGGGUCCAGUAAAUUUGCCCAGCAUAUGAAGAAGAACGACGGCGCUAGCAACUUCAGUCAAAGCAAAUCUUUGAGGGAGCAGAGAGAAUAUCUUCCCGCAUUUGCCGUACGAGAGGAUUUGCUAAGGGUCAUUCGAGAUAAUCAGGUAGUAAUUUGUGUUGGCGAGACUGGAUCCGGUAAAACGACCCAACUCACCCAAUUUCUUUACGAAGAAGGUUAUGGAAAAACGGGUCUGAUAGGAUGUACGCAACCUCGAAGAGUAGCAGCUAUGUCUGUAGCGAAGCGUGUCAGCGAGGAGAUGGAAUGUCCACUGGGGGGGACUGUUGGUUACGCUAUUCGAUUCGAGGAUUGUACGAGCAAGGAAACAGUAAUAAAGUAUAUGACAGAUGGUGUCCUAUUGAGAGAAUCUUUAAAUGAGCCAGAUCUUGAUCGUUAUUCCUGCAUCAUCAUGGAUGAAGCUCACGAGCGGGCACUCAAUACGGACGUUCUCAUGGGUUUGAUGAAAAAGGUUCUUGCACGUCGUAGAGAUGUCAAGCUAAUAGUCACAUCUGCAACGAUGAACUCGAAACGAUUCUCUGAUUUCUAUGGUGGAGCCCCGGAGUUUUUCAUUCCCGGACGUACCUUUCCAGUCGAUAUUAUGUAUCAUCGCUCACCCGUUGAAGACUAUGUCGAUCAGGCAGUUCAGCAAGUAUUGGCUAUACAUGUAUCUCAAGGCGCAGGUGAUAUUUUGGUGUUUAUGACUGGACAAGAAGAUAUUGAGUGCACUUGUGAGCUUAUCCAGGAACGCCUCAAUGCUCUCAAUGAUCCACCAAAGCUUAGCAUCCUACCAAUUUACAGUCAAAUGCCUGCGGAUUUACAAGCCAAGAUCUUCGACAGAGCUGCGCCUGGUGUCAGAAAAGUCAUCGUAGCUACCAAUAUCGCAGAGACUAGUUUGACUGUCGAUGGCAUCAUGUAUGUUGUGGAUGCUGGAUACUCGAAAUUAAAGGUGUACAACCCGCGUAUGGGAAUGGAUACUUUACAAAUCACGCCAAUUUCACAAGCGAAUGCAUCUCAGCGUGCUGGUCGUGCUGGGCGUACUGGUCCAGGAAAAGCUUUCCAUCUCUUCACUGAAGCCGCUUUCAAGGAUGAGCUUUACAUUCAAACGAUUCCUGAAAUUCAACGCACAAAUCUCAGCAAUACUGUUCUAUUAUUGAAGUCUUUAGGGGUGAAAGACUUGCUUGACUUUGAUUUCAUGGACCCUCCACCCCAAGACACUAUCACCACUUCAUUAUUUGAUCUUUGGGCACUCGGGGCACUUGACAAUAUUGGGGAAUUGACGGACAUAGGGAGGAAAAUGACGGCCUUUCCUAUGGACCCCCCUCUCGCCAAGUUACUCAUCACGUCUGAAAAAUACGGCUGUACUGAAGAAAUGCUUACAAUAGUUUCCAUGCUCUCAGUCCCUAGCGUUUUCUAUCGUCCAAAGGAACGCCAGGAAGAGUCUGAUAGCGCACGCGAAAAGUUCUUUGUUCCAGAAUCAGAUCAUUUGACUUACUUGAACGUCUACUUACAAUGGAAGUCCAAUGGCCAUUCGGAUGCUUGGUGUACCCGUCAUUUUCUCCAUCCGAAAUCUCUUCGCCGGGCUAAAGAGAUCAGAGAUCAAUUGUUGGAUAUUAUGAAAAUGCAACGUAUGAAUAUGAUUUCAUGCGGCGCCGAUUGGGACAUUAUACGCGAAUGUAUCUGUUCGGGUUAUUACCACCAGGCUGCCAAGGUUAAGGGAAUAGGCGAAUACGUUAAUUUGCGCACUUCGGUAACAGUACAAUUACAUCCUACAUCCGCACUUUACGGACAUGGAGAUCUGCCUGAUUAUGUUGUUUAUCAUGAAUUGAUUCUUACAUCAAAAGAAUAUAUGUCUACUGUUACGAAGGUCGAUCCACAUUGGCUAGCAGAUUUAGGUGGCGUUUUCUUUAGUGUGAAAGAGAAGGGUUAUAGUGCGAGGGAGAAGAGGGUCACUGAAACGGAGUUCAAUAGAAAGAUGGAGAUCGAGGUGAAGAUGGCCGAGGAUAAGUUAAGAGAAGAAAAAAGAGUUGAGGCAGAGAAUAACAAAUUGGCGAGAAAACCGAUGGCGAUCACAGAUGGAAGCGGACCGGUAGUUAAGAAAGUCGCCACAAAGGGAGCUGUAAGAAGACCAGCGGCGAGAAGACCAGGAAGGGGAUUUUAAAGUGGCAAAAGAGUAAAGAGGGAGAGUGUUUCAUAUACAUGAACUUAUGUAUAUAUCCUUAGACUAAUUGAAUAUACCAGCUCUUUGAGCAUUAUAACAUUAUACAGUUUACUCAGAAUCGAGUUUUGUUCUAUCCA